GUAGAUUACGCGACGUUGUUGUUCCACGCUUGUCUUAUCUUUAGUAAAAAUGACCAGUAAUUAGUCAUUUAACUUUUUCUAUAAAGCGUUUAAUAUUUAUUUCUAUUGUGAGAAUUAUGGCCACGGCGGAGGAUAUAGAUGCAAAGAAUAUUUCUACAACACAAAAGAAAUUGGGUGCUGGAGGCUAUGGUUUGGUCUUUGAAGCAAGAUGGAAGAACAGGAAAGUAGCCGUCAAGAAAUUAAUUGUAAAUUCAGAGGACAACGCGAAACUAAUUAAAGAGUUAGACAACUUAGCGCGCUAUAACCAUGAGAAUAUUGUCGUAUUACUCGGCAAAACAACGAUUGACUCUGUACUUCACAUUGUCAUGGAGUAUGCGGACUGUGGAUCCCUCGAUUACUAUCUACACAAUAAGGAAAGCAGAUUGAAAAAUAUGACAUAUUUGGCACUUCACAAUCUGAUGUUUCAGUGCGUCAAGGCAGUUGAGUAUCUGCAUAAUCAGACCCCAACAGUUCUUCACCGGGAUUUGAAGCCGAACAAUCUGCUACUUUUUGACGAUUAUCGUACCUUGAAAAUAUGUGAUUUCGGUACAGUAAGAGAAAUUGCUUCAAAUAUGACGAGUAAUGUUGGCACUUCCGCUUACAUAGCACCAGAGGUUCUCGAAGGGAAAAAGUACACGGAGAAAUGCGAUGUCUACAGCUUUGGCAUUAUACUAUGGGAGGUAAUGUCACGGAAGAAACCUUUUCAUCACCUGGAAAACCCAGCUCCUGAAUCCAUUAAUUAUUUAUCUGGGCAAGGAAAGCGACCGGAUUUGAAUGAGAUAAAGAAGUAUGAAAAUCGAAGGACCAUUAUAAACUUGAUUGAACAAUGUUGGCACAAAGACCCAAACAAGCGGCCAACAAUGCAAAUGUUGUCUCUUUUUCUUGGCAUUGAUUCUUACACCAUUAGACCAUUGCCAUCUACAUCUGACGAUGAUUAUCAAUAUUGAAGUGAAGAGGAAUCCUAGAAAACCAGAGCCCAGAGUUCUACGUAAAACAGUGGGGAUUGCAAAUGUAAAUUAUAUUUCAUAAAAUGUAACUUUAAAUAAAAAAUUAUUAUCUUAA